AUUAAGAAUUUGACAAAUUUUUUUUUUUAAUUUAAUAAAGAUCCCAAACCUACAAGCAGCAGCAAUUAACAAAAAAAAUAUUGCACAAACUAAAUAAUACUGAUUUGGCAUGUCUACAUCAUGGAAGCAGUGCGAGGAAGAUUUCUCAAAGGGCACUUUUUAGUAGAUCACAUUCUUGAUUUCGCUUAUUUUUCUUUUUUUCAACGAGGUGUCUAUUUUAGCGUUCAAUGGUCGUGCGCGCGCCCACACGUGUGGGCGUGGCAAAAAGAGGUACCUUCCCCAUUGCCAGUAAACUUGUUGAACAGCUGUACCCGCUGAUGUCCCUACCUGUCCUUCACGUGCGCAACGAAGUGCCGCUUGGUCCGACUGGAACCUGCAGACAGGGACAAUGACGGGACAUCACUGGGGAUACGGGAAGGAGGACGGUCCCUCUUCAUGGUAUAGAAACUACCCUGUUGCGGAGGGGAACCGGCAAUCACCAAUUGAUAUCGUCCCCAAUGAGGCCUCACAUGACCGCGAUCUAGGCCCUAUAAUGACAAACUAUGACCACUGCACCUCCAUUAACAUCUCCAACAAUGGACACUCCGUAGUUGUGGAGUUCAAUGACUCAGAUGAUCGUUCAGUGAUCAAGGGAGGCCCACUCGAUAACCCCUACAGACUGAAACAAUUUCAUUUCCACUGGGGUGGAAAAGGACAUGAAGGCUCUGAACACACUGUUUCAGGAGAAGGCUUUGCAUCUGAGCUUCAUUUAGUUCACUGGAAUGCUGUCAAGUACAAAACGUAUGGAGAGGCAUCAACUGCGCCCGAUGGUCUUGCCGUUCUUGGUAUCUUUUUAGAAACAGGUGAUGACCACAGAUGGCUCCACAUGAUAACGGAUGUUCUGUACAUGGUGAAGUAUAAAGGCAGUAUCACAGAUUUCAAAGGUUUCAACCCCAACUGCCUGCUUCCCAGCAGUCUUCACUACUGGACCUACCUCGGCUCUCUAACCACACCUCCGCUACACGAGAGCGUUAUCUGGAUCAUCCUGAAGGAGCCAAUCGAAGUGUCUGAAAAGCAGCUGGGGAUGUUCAGAAUGCUUCUGUUCACCGAAGAGGACGACGAUCAGAAGAUGCGGAUGGAAAACAACUUCAGGCCUCCCCAGCCUAUCAAAGGGAGGAGAGUGCGUUCCUCCAAUUAAUAUGACCUCUGGAGGUCUGAAGUCAUAAAUAACCAACGCUGUUUUUAGACAACAGUAACUGCAAUAACACGAGAAUACUUUCACCUCACGAUAGCUUAUCUUGAAGGGUUUGUGAUUGUAGGUAAAACAGAAGUAAAACGCUGCAAUAAUUGUCAUCCCUGGUGGUGUACCCCCCACCCAUGUGAAACUUUAAUGGCAGUAGAGGGAAUUAUUUUAGGGGCCAAAAAAAAGGAUUUUGUUAAGUUUACUAGGAAGUAGAAUAAAACCAGCAUUUACAGUCAUUAUUAUCAUUAUCACAAUCACAAACUGUAAGUUUAAUAGGUUGCACCAAUACUUGAACCAACGAUUAAGGAAAACAAGAGGGCACAACAACAAGCACAAAACCUUUUCACUCCUUUUAUCAUAUAUACCUGCUAAUCCCAUAUCGUUGUAGUCUGUAGCUGUUUCCAGACUAAUGCCAUAUCCCUUUGCUGUCUGCAGAUCUAAACUCCCCUUACUGAUUGCCAUUGAUUCCUUGUUAAUCCAGCCUGGAUUCCCAGUCCUUGUGGCUAUAGAUUCCUUCCAGUAGGGCCAGUGAUGCUUUUAUCUCAACUGCUCCGUGGACCAUAAUUGAGUGCAUGAAAGUCAGAUCGGUUUACAGUCCACAAAUGCUAUUAAUCCCAAAACAUGGUAACUGUUAAGGUCUUAUUAAACUUCAGGAGUCCAAACAAGGCCCUAUUUAAAAUCUUUGAAGCGUUCUGUGAUGAUCAGAUCAUUAUUAAUUCUGUCGGGAGCAUCACACGAUGGUUAUUACUGUGCAGGAUGUAUUAUUAUUAUUAUUAUUAUUAUUAUUAUUAUUAUUA